AUGACGAAGAUGGCCAGAGGCAUAUUCCCCCAGCGCAGGGGAAAGCGCUGCAACGAUAUCGAUGCACGAAGUUGUAGAACAAGGAAACGAGCUAGUUACAUUCACAGGUGUUUGAACUUGCGAAAGUUGCAAAAAUGUGAGGAGCUGAGAAAAAUGAAAAAUUACUGCUUGUACGUAAAUUUGAAGGAAAUGUUAAACAGAAGUUAUUGCAAAGGGAACGCUAGCAAUACAAAUGGCAGUUGUCUCAAGGUCACAGCACCACCUGCUGGAGAAAUAAACGAAGAAGGGGAAACAAAUCCUCAUCACGGCUCCUGCAAAUGUGCUAGCCAUACCUUUGACAACUGCUACAUCACCGGUCUACACAUUUUUGAAGGUAUUUUUUUAACCUCCUGUUCAGGUGGAAUUGUGAGCAUAUUUGACAAAAAUUUAAACAACAUAUUGAGCAGACGCGUGGCUACUUCGCCCAUAAAAAACAUUUCAAUGAGCAAAAAGGAAAAUGCUCUGUGCUUUGCUGACAGCUCUAACCACCUAUAUGUAGUACACCUAAAUAGGAAGAACAUGUGCAAAGGGAGUCACUUUAACAUAAGCAAAAGAGGUAGCUAUCUUGACGAAAGUCCCGCGUGUGCAAGUACACCAUACGGAGGUGACGAUAAGAUUCUGAACAGUUUUAACGAAGACGAGAAGAACACAUUUCUGAACGACAAACAGUACGCAAAUUUAACAAAAAAAGAGAAAACCAUUGCUCAGUCAUUUUUGUACAAUAACAUAUCCAGUUACAAUGUGAAAAAUUUAAACUGCUGCGUAAUUAACCCUUACUUUGAUCACCACCAAAAUAAUAGCAUUUGCGUCCUGACGUCAAAUAAAAUCGUGUCGGUUCUGAACAUUUUUGAGUUUCAUAUAAACAACAGCGUUUUGUUUAGAGGGCAGCACAUUUUAAGUUUACAUUGGCACAGUUUGUAUGUCUUUAUCUGCACGGAUGUGUCCAUUUUUGUGGUGAACUUUUUUGACAAAACGAAGAUUGCGCAUGUAGUUUUGGAUAACCUCGAGAUAAUCGAAAAGAUCGAGGUCGGCCAAGCAGGCCGCUUAAGCGGCGAAAAAAACGUUAAAGCGAACGUGUCAGUGAAUCAUAACGGCGCGGAGAUGAACACAUGUAGUGACAAAGUGGACGCCACAACAAAUGAGCCCCAAAUGAUGUGCGAGAUGGAGUCCAUUCACAUAUGCGAAUUACAGAAGGGGGAAUACACAAUAGCGAGGGGGAAAAAUGUGAAAAUUGUAAAAAUUGAAAAAAAAAAUGGAAUUGAAAAAAUAAGCAUUUCAAACGAGUUCGAUGUGCACAAUUCGAUUAUUAGCAUAAGUCCAUAUUAUGACCCCCACCAGAAUGGUUUCCCUGAUAAUGAAGUGUGCCUUUCGGUCAUUACCGCCCUGGGUGGUACUCUAUACGAUGGGGUGAAUGAUCGUACUUGUACACACCUGGAACAUAUGAUACUUACUAAGAGUAACUACCUAAUGUGUAACAAUUACCUCUACAUGGGAGGUGCGGAAAAGGACACAAUUACGAAAAAGUGCCCUAGAAACACCUGGUGCAAACCUUAUCCUGGUGGUGAGGAAAACUGGGGAAGAAGCACCACAAGGGGGGGAAACAGAAAAAUGAAGAUGGCCUCCCAAGAUGCUACUUCUUGCGAUGGAGCGGGGAAUUCGCAUCCAAUCGAUAACUCAGAUGGAGCCAGGCCAAUAACGAACCUAUUCCAGUACAUGAAAAUUACGCCCAAUUGGGGGCAGCGAAAAGGAAGUGGCGCCAUUCAGCAUUGUCUGUACAUAUAUGGGGAAAACACCCUUUUGCAGUUUCGAUCCAAAACAGUUACCGAGUUUUUUUCUGAGGUUAUCAAGAAGAAGGCAAAAAAUGGAAGAAACAUUUUUCUCCUACUUGAUGCGCUAAAGAGGCAGCCAAUCUGCAGAAAAGAGUUAACUGAGAUUGGAUUAUGCCUUAUAAACGCCUUUAUAAAGCAGACGAAUUACUUCAUCGCAGCACAUGUGUUUAUCCUGCUGUGUAACCGUUUUUGCGACAAGUAUCGGGUCAUCUACAACGUCAUGGAGAUGUUUUCCCUUCGGAAACAUAUGCACAUCCUUUCGUUGUUUUAUCGAAAAUUGAAAGAAGAGAGCACACAUCAGAAGGGGAACAGCAGCCAUUCUUGCUAUGUGGACGCGGUAAGUGAUAAAAGAAGGCGAUUCAUCACACGUGGGGGGACGAUUGGGGAGGGAAAAAAAAUUAAAAGCGCUUUGUACAUCCUUCACCUUUAUUAUGUCAAAAAUGGGAGAAAAAGAAAAAAAACGAAAAGGGAUAAAGAACGCCUUAAUUACGAGUGGAAGAAGAAGAAGAUGAUGAAGAAAAACGAAAAAAAUACCCUCCCUGUGCAAGGAGUAGAAAAAAAAAAAAACUUCCUCUUUUUUGCAACGAAAAAACUGUUUAACCAAUUUUUGGUUUUUCUGUUACUUACGGAUGCUUACGAAUUUCGAAAGGUUUACGAAAUUUCAUCCGCCGCUGAUUUGAAUCCUGGUAUGUUAGUGAAGCACAUCGUGCUUUUCCUCCAGGGCGAUUUAUCUCUUUUGAAGAAACGAUUUGUUCGCACUGGCGGCGAUGGUUGUAGUAGUAGUAUCGGCAGCGGUGCCCGCCGGGCGGGGAGAAGCACAAGCGGCACUCCGAAAUGGGCGGGUCGCCCGCACAACAGCGACAGAAGUAGCGAGAGUUGCGACAGAGGAACAAGAGCAAAAAAAAAAAAAAAUGAACCGCCUAGUAGCAGCAACAACGGUGACGUCACUAAUAAUGGCAAAACAGGAAGAGCAGGGGAGGAGGAUAAAGUAGUGAAGAAGAACCUACCUGCUGCAUGGCUACAGGAAAGUAAUAAAGGAUGCACAACUACGGGGAAAAAGUGUCGCAGUAACAGGUACAACGAGAAAAGCGCAUGGGCAGAAGAAAAUAAACUCGCAAACGACCAGGGCGUCCAUCGUAACGAACACCGCAGCAAAGGCCGCAUUAUUCCCCAUUGGGAGCAAUUGUCGGCUCCAUUGCGCCACCAGCGUGAUGCGGAUAAUGAGGGUGACCAACGCGACGAUGAAAAAAACAACACCUACCUAAGCAUGGAGUUUAGGAGAGAUCACGCUGAGUGGGGCAGCGACAGGGACGGCGGUAUAGAGCGCGACAGGAACAGCAAGGGGGUCGAUGGGGAGAAGACCCCCCGUGGGCCUGACCCACAAACCGCAAGGCAACCCAGGCAGGAGGAAAAACGAAUGAAACGACGAAGCUGCGUGGGGGGAGGUCCCAACAGGCCAAGGCAUAACUCAAAUGGUACAGAUGAAAUCAACACCGUAACGCUGAGCAACCUGACGAGUGAUUACUUUUCCAGUGCUGCGCACUGUCGUAGUGCGCCCCUCACAUUUGAAAACCUGGCAGAGGAUAGUUCUCCAAAAAACUUGAUUUUCUUCGAAAAAGAAUUUGAUAAUGUAAAAAAAAUGGAAAUCAUCAAAAUGCUCAUUCGAAGGAAAAACAAAAAGGUGUUUGCAUAUUUGAAGCAAUGCAGAUGGCAAGUCCUCAAAAAGGUAACAGAAAGAUUUAUACUAAAGCUGUUCCGUUUGAGCAAAAUAAAAACAGCAAAGCUGUUGGUGAUCGUCAAAGUGAAGGAGAAGAACAAGUACAGAUAUUUCUUCAAUCCAAAGGACGUAAUAAAAAGGUUAAAGGAGAAACCCUUCUUGCUUUACACCUAUUUGAAGCAUGUAAAAGAUGUAAAGUAUCUGAGCAGGUACAUUCACUUGUUUCUUUUUUUGAUGUUCAUUUUUGAGCCCCUUCUCUUGGUGAGAUUUCUGGCCAAGCAUUACAGGUGCGUCAGCUUCAAGCGCGUGCUCUUCUUUAUAUGCUUCUUUGAUCGGGUGCAUAUAGUGGGAGAAGUUACCCCCAUUGAGGGGGCGGUCACCGGUGUGGAAAUCACACCGGUUGAGGAAGCACCCCUUGAUGAGGAAGUCAAACCCGUUGAGAAAGCGCGCCCCGGUGAAGAGGUUACACCGGUUGAGGAAUCCCCCCCUCGCAGGAGGCCCGCCAAGUCGAAAAGCAGCCUCUUCCGAAACGAACGAGUUAUGCUGCUGUACAGGUAUCUCCUGGACGAGCAAGUCGAGAAGGAGAAGCUGGAAGAAUUGUUUAACUACAUAAAGCAGCCCUCAGAAAAGAGACCCCGGGAGGCAAACUUCUUUUUAAGCGUCAAGGCAUUUAUGUAUGUAAAAUUCGGAUACAUAAAUAAAGCGUUAACACUAUACCAACAGUUAAGCAACUAUGAUGAAAUAAUUUACCUCGUGAAAAUUCACAACGUGUUAAUUGAUGAUGCUGUGAUGGAGAAGGCGGAGCAUAAUUUAGCUUCCCUCAAUGGUGCCCCAUUUUUAAGUGGCUUAGAUGGGGGCUUUCUACAUGGAAGGCACGUUUGCAUCGCUUCGGCAAGGGAUGUGUCGAGGAAGGAAGGCGAUGGGGGUGAUAGUUCUCCCCGAAUGGGUAGCAAUGAUGAUGCGCUCACUUCAGCAGGUGCGGCGGAAAGAAAGUUUCGCCUGAGGAGGGGAAAGAAGAAAACGAGCAAGCGGGAGGAAGAUGCACAGAGUGUGUUUGCAUCGAACAGUGGUGAUGUUCCUGAUGGACUAGGGGGGGUCCACCCCAGUGAGAAGCCACCUCGGCAGACGGAUCCGAACUGCCACUAUGCGAUUGACGGGAUUGACCGGGUUAACCGGGUUGACGCGAUGGACGAGAUCAACACGUAUGUGCGCCGCAACGCCCACUUCGCAAACCUGGACAAAGAAAUUAUGCUCAGUUUGUACGCACAGAGGGAGGGGAAUGGAAGGCGAAAGGGUGACUCAACUCGGAGGGGAAAAAGGAACAGUAACCGAAUGGAAGUUCAUCGUAGUUCCAGUGGAGGCUCCUCUCCAAGUAGAACCCAUAAACAGAUUAUCCUAAAGAAGCACCUGAUUAAUAACUCAUCCCGAGAAAUGCAUUACCUAACCCUAAUGUUUAUCAUGCGGGAACUCUUCUACAUAAGUGAGCUCAGCGAUAACUACAACAGGAUUUUGAUGCGGUGUAAAGCGAACACGUAUAAUCGUUUCAACGAAAUUAAGAAAAAAGGCUACGUCAUAUACAAUGGAGUUAUUAAAAAAGAAAUGAAAAACAAUAACUUGUAUUUUUUGGACAUAAAUGACUACUACUUCAUUAAUGACAAGAUGGAGGAUAAGCGAUCGAACCAGUUCGAUAUGAUCAUGCCGUACAUGGAUGAGCAUAAUGGAGGAGGACUGGUGGAGAGAAACGCGACGGACAAGGAACAACAAGAAUUACCGUUACACAUUCAAAAGGAGGUACCAUCGAAUUAUUACUUCUAUGACCAGAUCCAUGAUAAACCCUAUGUCUCUUUCUUCUCCUCCUUUUGUAGCAUCUGCCAACAUAACAUUUACCUCGAUUCGUGCGCUUUCGAUGGGGAACGUAGAUGCAGAAGUGACAGUGUUGUCUUUUUUUUUUGUAAUCACCUGUAUCAUUUGAAGUGCCUUAGGGAGCGGGGUUUUAUCUGCCUCGCGUGUCACUAA